AUGGAGACUAGCAGUCCGGAGCUGCGUGUACGCAAUGUGAAACUGCAUCAUCGUGGCCAGACGCAGCAAGGUAGCAUUGCGCUUGGCCGCGAUCACCUCAUCUUCACUUAUGUGGUGGAUGAUGCACAAGCUACAUCGACGGAGCCCCAGGGCAGGAACUCAUCACAGUCACAACACAAAUCAACCAUCUCGACAGAGAGCUCUACAGUAAGUCAUCCGUCGCUCGAAGUCCCGUCAUCAGAGGCAGCUGUUGGGCGGUCGGCGGCGAAGGUGGGGAGCGAGCGGCGAAAGCCAAGGACAAAGUCAACUUGGGUGGCAUAUCCCAUGAUCAACCACUGUGUCUUGCGUCCCGGUCACUUGUUGAAUCACUCUCGCACUUCUACGGUCGAUGAUGAAAGGCACGACGAUCUCGACGCCGGUCUCGACGGCACUGAUGACACGUUCCCGCCGAGCUAUGGCACGAGCACUUACGGCAGGCCAUCGACGGACUCGGCUCGUCUUGGACCAUUCGCAUCACCCCGACGACCUGACUCGCCAGCAGUCAACAGUAUCCGGGAGACUCCUUCGUUCGAUAGUGGGCGCUCACCCUCUCUACGUCUACGAUGUCGAGACUUCCGCAUGAUGGCAUUUCAUUUCCAGGCCGGACCAAGCGACAAUAAACCGGUGGAUGAAAUCGCCAGAGAGUUCUUCUUUUCUCUACGAAGUCGUUGUUGUCCCAACAAGAUCGAGGACAUGCUAGCAUUUCACUUCAACGCACCACCAGAGGAGAAGGAUGCUACAUUGCCGCCUUACGAUGCGCGAAAAGAGUUUGCUCGGAUGGGCAUCGGCGAAAAGGCACCGGAUGGUCCUGGUAGUGCGUGGCGAGUCACCGAUAUCAAUCACGACUAUGUAUACUCCCCAACAUAUCCCAGCUUGAUCUGCGUACCUCGAGCAGUGAGCGACAACCUACUGAAAUACGGUGGUGAGUUUCGAUCGAAGUCACGUGUACCCGCACUAUCAUACCUUCAUGCAAAUGGCGCGAGCAUUACACGAUCCUCACAGCCAAAGGUUGGCGUUCAGGGGAAGCGCAACCCACAGGAUGAGAGGCUUGUAUCUGCUAUAUUCUCCAGCCAUACACCAUCAAUGUCGCCUACUUCCGAGGAGCCGCCAGCGCUGCUGAAUACGAAAGAAAUCACCAAACCAGGCGCAAUUGAUGAAGGCGAAGCUGAAGCUGUUAUGCCCAACAUAGACAACAGCCAACGAGAGAAAGCGAUUGAUGAUACUACUCAAGAUAAACUCGCCAGCGUGAAGCGCAAAGUCUACGGCAGCAGCAGACGCAAUCUCAUCGUUGAUGCUCGACCAAGGCUGAAUGCGCUUGCGAAUAGAGCUACCGGUGGUGGUAUAGAAGACAUCUCGAACUACAUGGGUGAUGGUGAUGUUCCUGUCGAGCGUAUUAUGCUCAACAUCCAGAACAUCCAUGUCAUGCGGGAAUCUUUGCAAAAGAUCAUCGACAGUCUUGGCAACGCCGACUAUCUUUCUAUGCCUCCAGACCAGGAGCUCCUACGGAAGUCUGGAUGGCUUGGACACAUUGCAGGUCUGCUCGAGGGUUCUGAACUCGUGGCCAAAGCAGUCGGCCUACGUGCUAGCCACGCACUUGUCCAUUGCUCUGAUGGCUGGGAUAGAACAGCUCAAGUCUCCGCUCUAGCUCAGCUCAUGUUAGAUCCAUACGCGAGAACUUUCGAAGGCUACAUCAACCUAAUUCGCAAGGAAUUCAUCUUGUUUGGACACAAAUUCAAGGACAGAAAUGGUACGAUGGGCAGCGAGAAGUGGUUCGAAAUUGAGAACGAGCGUAUUCAGCCCUCCCGUAGCCGUGACGAAAGCAGCCCGCAGCCCAACAGCUUGAACACUUUUAGCACCAAGGCUCUAACAGGUGCCAAGAGCUGGUUCGAGAAGAACCGUGCCAAUCUAUUCCGACAGCAGAACAGCAGUGAAGACAACCUUGCGGAAGCAUCAUCACGACCCGCCUCACCUCUUCCAAAGCCACUUCUCCAUUCUCCAGCUGCCACAAAUGGAAAGGAUGACAAAGAACAUCGAAUCAGUGAAAAGGAGAUCUCACCUGUCUUCCAUCAAUUCUUGGAUGCCACAUACCAGCUACUGCGCCAAAAUCCUACAGCCUUCGAGUUCAACGAGCGGUUCUUGUUGCGGCUGCUUUACCAGGUGUAUGCUGGUCAAUAUGGCGAAUUCCUGUUCAACUGUGAACGUGAGCGAGCACAGUAUGCCGUAAAGCUGCCUUCAGUCUGGGGUCAUUUCCUUGCUCGCAGGAGCGAGUUCAUAAACGCAGAGUAUGUUGCAGUGAAUUCGGUCAUGUUCUCAAAGAGAGCCAGUGACGGCGAGGUCGAGGUACGUUGGUGGAGCAAGCUCUUUGGUUGCUCGGACGAGCAGAUGAACGUGCCAAGGGCUCUACUGGCUCGGCCUGAGCAUCCGGCCCUUGAUCUGCAAACUUCCAGCCUGUCGCUCGACGAUGCCGCCAUUGCUGUGACCAGUAGGACCAACGAGGAUGCUGCGACGAUUGCGUUACGAGCGGCGAAGAGCACACCAGCCCUUGGUGCUGCUAAGGUCUAUGAUGCCGAUGCUGGAAGGUCUAGCAUGAGCGUAGAGCAGCGACAUGAUACAGAGAUCAAUACUGUGAUCGUGGAUAAGGUAGCUGAGACACCUCAGCGACAUGAGGCCGACAUAGGUACUGUUCAAGCUCUAGGAUCUGGUCCACGUAAUGAGGUGGAGGAAGACGACGAUCCUUUGGGAGUAACAAGUAGCCAAAGAGUGCAGACUGGUAUUGAUAGCAGCAGUGGUGGCAGACUGGACGGUGCAGCAUUCGCUUUUCAGAAUGCCUUUAAGGAUUAG